UACAAAUCAAAUUUCGUUGGAACGAACUUUUGUUAUCUGAGGUCGACAGUCGCAUGCAUAAUUAACCAGCGUUUUGUCAUAAUCAGUAUCAGUUGUGUUGUGAUAAUAAGAUGGUGGUAUUCAGUAGGAACGUCACCCGUUGUUUAAGAAAUAUCUGUAGAUCUAUAAGUAUAUACAAUCGUCUUCUAACUGAAGCGCCUCUAUUUCCUGGAGCGAAAACAACAUGGACAGAAAAGCUGGAAUUCCUGAACCAGAAUUCGUAUCCGUCAAUUCCAGUCUACAGAGUCAUGGAUCGUCAAGGCAACGUCAUCGUGCCCGACGAAGAUCCCAAAGUUCCUGAAGAAACCCUGAUUAAGAUGUACAAAGACAUGGUGCUGCUCAACAGUAUGGACAAGAUACUAUACGAAUCUCAAAGACAAGGCCGGAUAUCCUUCUACAUGACAAGUUAUGGAGAAGAAGCAACUCAUUUUGGAAGCGCAGCAGCUCUAAGCUUAGAAGAUGUAGUGUACGCUCAGUAUAGAGAAACUGGAGUGCUUUUAUGGAGAGGGUUCACUUUACAAGAAUUCGUAGACCAAUGUUACGGCAACAUCGCCGAUAUGGGUAAAGGAAAACAGAUGCCUGUACACUACGGAAGCAAGAAGCUGAAUUUUGUCACCAUUUCUAGUCCGCUAACUACCCAGUUACCACAAGCUGUCGGAUCGGCUUAUGCUCUCAAGGAUCAGAACCGUGUGGUGAUUUGUUAUUUUGGAGACGGCGCAGCUUCAGAAGGUGACGCGCACGCGGCAUUCAACUUCGCAGCCACCUUACAGUGCCCCGUAUUGUUUUUCUGCAGGAAUAACGGGUACGCUAUUUCGACACCUGUGGAGGAGCAGUACGGAGGAGACGGUAUCGCUGCCAAAGGGCCCCCCUAUGGUAUAGCCACUGUCCGUGUGGACGGAAAUGAUGUAUUGGCGGUAUACAAGUGCACGCUUAAGGCAAAGGAAUAUGCAUUGAGGGAACAGAAGCCAGUCCUGAUUGAAGCUAUGAGUUAUCGUGUGGGCGACCAUUCAACAUCAGACGAUAGUACCGCUUACAGAAGUAGUGACGAAGUGCUACAUUGGCAAACAAAUGACUAUCCUGUUAACAAACUGCGGUACUAUCUAGAGAAAAAGAACCUUUGGAACGAUGAAUUGGAAAAGGCUUGGUUACAAGAGUCUAGGAAAAAUGUUCUGAAGGCAUUUAAUGAAGGAGAAAAGAAACCUAAGCCAAAAUGGACUGAAGUGUUCGAGGAUGUUUACAAAUACAUGCCACCACAUUUGGCGAGACAGAAGCAGCAAAUGGAGAAACAUGUUGAGAAAUACAAAGAACACUAUCCCGUCCAAAAAUUUAGUAGUUGAGCAGCAAACUUGUGGGAAACGUCAAUGUUUGACGGUUUGUUAUUUAUUAUGAAGUGUUUAUCAAUAAAGUUUUUUGAUAUAUAGAUAUAUCUUUCCGAUGUUGUAGACGCGUCCUGUUAUGCCGGAAAUGAUACCAAUUCAUUGUUUUCUUACAGACCAUCCUACUUUUUGAAAUAUUUUUUCGUAGAAAAUAGAUAAUAUCUGCAACCUCGGUCCUUCCUGGUAGUAGCAUUUAGUCAUAUUUCUUGUAGAUUGAC